AUGCAAUGGCUGUUACGUGAUCGUGAGGAAGCAAUUGCUGCAGAGGGCAUCCACAGCAGGGAGCCUACGUACUACUUCAUGGAUCCCUUCUUCAUCCCGUUGGCCAUAGAAUUGGACUACAAAAAAAUGACGGAGAGGGUGAAGCACUUUUAUUUGAAGUGGGGAAGUUGUGGCAUUGGUCCACCAAUCAACCAGGUGGACUACAUAUUUGUUCCCGCAAAUGUCAAUAACAAUCACUGGAUUCUCAUGGUCUUUGCUGUGAAGAAGUGGGCUAUCAUGGUUCUCGAUCUGUUGAACGAUAAGGCUGAAUAUCCAGACGAAGAAGAAGCAAUGGUCGGUGUACUUGGAGGGAUGCUUCGUUUUCUUGCCAAGGGUCAAAAGUUCCCGCAAGAGGACCCUCUAGUUCAUGUUUGGGAUGAAAUGCCGAAGCAGCAAAAUCAUUUUGAUUGCGGGGUCUUCGUCUGCAAGUACAUGGACUACACCUUGCAAGGUUAUGACCUCUCCACUUUGACGUGGGAUACUUCGGAUGUUGACCUAUUCCGCUUUAGGAUUGCCAAAGAGCUUCAGAAAGGGAGAGCGAUGCGAAUCCCUAGUCAUCUUAUGCGGCAAAGGCUAGAAGGAGCCAAGGAAUAG